AUGUCUACUUUAAUCAUUCAAGAGCCAGAUCAUUUUGACCUCAACUAUUUUCAUAAUAAGUAUAAUGAUCAUUAUAGUACAAUAAUUCAAAAAGUGCAAUUUAUACAAUUUAAAUGCUGUUUCUGA